GUUUAUGAUAGUGAGUGUUGGUGCAGAAGCCAGAAAAGAAACAGAAGGAAAGAAAGAAAGAAAGAAUGUACCGAGCAUCACCGCAGUCGCAGGUUCCGCUGUCGCGUGCACACUCUGUUUCCUCCUCCGACGCACAAAGACCCAACCUCAACGCUGAUCCAAAGGGUCUCGAAUCUUCUCUCCAAAACCUCCUCACCCUCCAUAGCCACAACUCCCUCAUCCUCCGCCACCACACUGAGAAAGCGAAGAAGGAGGCAAUCAAGAAAGCUGAGAGAGUUUCUGAGCUGUUAGUGGAGGCUGUGAAUGGUGGGGUGCAAGAUUCUUUCGUGUAUGAGAAGCGAAUAGAGCAAGAGAUUCGAGCUCUUUCUGCCACUGUUGCUAAGUUCAUGAAACAAACGGAUCAGUGGCUUGCUGCAACUCAUGCUCUCAACACUGCUGUUAAGGAAAUUGGAGACUUUGAGAACUGGAUGAAGAUCAUGGAAUAUGAUUGUAAAAGUAUCACUGCAGCUAUACAGAAUAUUCACCAAGAUUGAUCUUGCAGAAAGUUGUCAUGCAAGUUGCCACGUAAUAAUUCUAAUCCCAUUUUCAUUCAAUUUUCUAUUUCGAGUAUAAUACCCUGUUAUUAUGUAAUCCUGUUACAUUUUAUGUGAUAAUUUGAUUUAUUUAUUUAACGAAGUAUCCAGCUUAAGGAAGAAAAAAUAGUUAAUAUCUUUCUUGUGAAUGAUAAAUUAGGUAUAAUGCCAUCAAGCUUACUGAAUGCUUCAUUUGAAAAAUAGAAGAAAAAAGGGUUCCCUUAUGCCUGUUAUCUAGGUUGAGAGUAGAAAACAUUGAUCAAGGAUUGCUUUGGCUUUGACCUAGUGUUCUGUUCUUUCUUUCUUUUCCUUAUCCGCUUCCCUUUAGUCAUUUUUCCUCCUAGGAAACAUGUGGCAUUCCUUCAUUAGGAUGUGAUGGAACUGAAUUCAGAACAGUGUGCUAUUCUUAUGACUUUAUGGGUUCUACGCUAAUAUGAUACUGCCAAGCGGCGACUUAGUUCUAGCUAGAUGUUUGUAAUCAGCUUGUUAAGGAUACUACAUCAUGUAUUAGGAGCAUACACGCUGCAUAUAGUUUCACUUGAUUUAUGCUCUUGCCUUCUACCAGUACAUUCAAUUCUAGAUCCAAAAAGUUUAGUAGUGGGGCAAAAAUAAUAUAUUUGCACAAUAAAUAACUUUUAUAACACAGGGUCAAACAUGCAUAUAUAAGUAUACUUUCUAAAAUGUCUCCCAAAUCUUUGUGGGAGCACUAGGCCCCCACAACACAACAUAUAGAAUAUCCCAGAGUUGUUUUGUUCGUGAUAGUAGUGGUACUCUUUGUUGUCAUUUCAUGGAAAUCAUAGGCCUUACCGCCUUACUGCUUACAUUAUAGUUAAACUCAUUCUUUAACUUUAUUUCUAUAUCGCCUCUAACCUACUGCCGAGAUCUAGACAUUCAUGGCAAUAAGUCAUAUUUGGCUUGAAGCCGAUUUUCUUUAGUUUACAAUAACUGUUGUGUUUAAAGAGUCACCAUGAUUGUUGCUUCACAUGACCGCUAAGGAACAAUUUUUCCCUAAUCGCUGUCAAAUUUGUUAGGCUGAAGGAAUCGCCGAGGCCCUCGACUCCUCGAGGGCUAACGUUAGCUGUUUAAUUUUCCUUUAGAUUUAUGAGUAAGCAUACUUUGUAGUCUCACCCUUUUAAUGAAUUUUUUUUCCCUAUAAGAAGCCUGACUAGCUGUGUAGGAGUCUCAGUAGCUGGUUUAGGGUGCAUCGUUGUUUUUGUUCUCUUAAGAAAAGUACCUUCUUCAAUAUUCAAUAAACAUGAUACUUAGAUUAUGUAAAAAGAAAGGGACUUAAAUUUGUGUUGCUUGUUUGAAUAAGCUUCUAAGGUAUUAUUGUUAGUUAGGUUUUGGAGGAAAGGAGAGGGGAAGAGAAGGCUUGAAAUGUAAAUUUUAUACGAAGAAAAUAAUUAAUUUUUGCCUUUUAUCAAGAAAAAAACAGGUUAA